CCUUUAACACCUGGGUGUAUCAUCCCAGAGCUCAUACAAUGACAGUGCCCCCUCCAGAGUCCAUAGUGCUGCCUGCCCCUCAAGGUGUAGGAUCCAGUGCCCAUAUAUUUACUCUAUUCUCUGUCCCCAAUAGUAUAGGAACCCAGAGUGUAUAUAAUGACAGUAUCCACUGUUCCUCAAAGCAUGUGAUUCCAUACUCCAUACAUUCUGUGGAGCAGCAUAUGAGCUUGCACUCGACAAUACAGGCCGGCCUUAUGUGUUUUGUGCCACCUGUCACUUUAUCACAGGAGCCCAACAUCAGGCAAUAUGCACAAAUCAGUGUAGCUGACUAUAUUUUUUUGCAUUGCUUUCCCCCAGAAUUUAAGCAUCUUUAAGAGUCCUUUACAUAGAGGCAAAUCGCCAUGCUUCUUGAGAAUUCUUUCUAACAAGAAUCCCUGCGUUAUGGUCGACACUCUGGGAGUGGCGCCCACCUCAAUUGUGCCUGAUGCAUCCAAGCAUGGUGUGGAAAUUGUAUCGCAUAUGAAAAUCGUAUUAGUCAAAAGAGAAUUUGCCAAGCCUUCUUAUAUUUGUUUUUUAUAAUGAUUUUAUAGUCAUAUUUCUUCCAAUAUUGGUGAAUUGUAGAUUUCUAUGUUCCAUUAUAUGACCAUUCUGUGUUGUGUUGUGUAUACUUUUCAAUUGCUGCUCAGACUCAACUGGCACAUGCCACUCAAACACCAGCUCUCAGGAGCCAACUGUCAUAACUGUCAUUUAGCCAGUGUGGAGUGACUGCAGGGAGCUUGUGUGAGUUGGAGAGAGUUUUUGGAGAUUACAGCGAUAGAAGAAGAGAUUUGAGCAGUAAGGUGAGUUUGUAUUGCGGAGGAAGAAGAAAAGCAGGAGAAGAAGAAGAAGAAGAAGAAGAAAGAACAUCCUUGGAAAAGAAGAAAAAUGGAGAAGAAGAGGAGAAUAUCAGAGAGUCCAGUGGAGGACCCAACUAAAGGAAAAAAGAUACAACUGAAGGAUUUAAGGAUUUGCAUAGACCGUCUAAAGCAAUAUCCGCUGAGAAGAAAAAGACAGAGAAGUCCAGAGGAGAACCCAGCUGCAGGAGAAAAGAUAAAGCUGAAGGAUUUAAGGAUUUGCAUAGAACGACUAAAGCAAUAUCCACUGAGAAGCAAACGACUGAAAGGUCCGGAGGAGAACCCAGCUGCAGAAGAAAAGAUUACAACUAAAGAAAUAGAGACGAAUAAACAAAUUGACAGAGAUGUGGAUCGAAAGCAAUAUCCACUGCGAAGGAAAAGACCAAGAAGUCCAGAGCAGAGUCCAGAGCAGAGCCCAGCUGGAGGAAAAGAGAAGGUUAGAGAGGACGCCAAAACAUCGGAGUACCUCGAUAUUGAAAAUUACAGCCUUAUUAAAGAACUAGGACAAGGCAACUUCGGCAAGGUGGUGUUGGCAUCGUUUAAAAUCAAGAACCAACUAACUGCAAUCAAGAUCAUUGAAAAGCAGCGGGAGGAAGAUUUUGAAUAUGUCAGACGAGAGGCAUCGGUUCUCCAGAUUGCUAGCAGAAGCCCAUUUCUAUGCCGGGCAAUGGCAACAUUCCAAACUAAGUCACUAAUCCUGCUAGCCCUGGAGUACGUCAAUGGCGGAACACUGGAGAACAUCAUCGAGGACCGAGGACGUCUGAGUAACAAGCAAGUGCUGUUUUAUGCUUCAGAAUUAGUGGUGGGUAUUCAGUUCCUGCACGAGAACGGGAUCGUUCAUCGUGACCUCAAACCAGAGAACAUAUUGGUGGAUGAACAGGGCCAUGUGAAGAUCGGUGAUUUUGGCCUUGUCUGCACCGGUAUGUAUGGAGUAAACACACGGUGUGGCUAUUACGGAACACCAGGAUACACGGCACCACAGGUUUUAUUAGAGGAGCCAUACGACGCUGGAGCUGACUGGUGGUCUUUCGGAGUCAUCUUGUACGAAAUGGCCACCAAUAGGUUACCAUUCUCACCGAAGGGAAACUUGAGACAACAGGUAGAAAGCGUCAUCAACAGAGAGCCUGAAUAUCCAGACUCCCUUUCUACCAAACUGCGUGACCUCAUAAAACAGCUCUUGAAGAAGAAGGCCAACCAACGCCUUGGGGUGAAUGGCAACAUCCGGGAUCACCCAUUUUUUUCAACUGUCGAUUGGUCAAACGUGGAGAAAAGAACAUUAAAGCCUCCUAUAAAACCAAGUCAUGAAUCAGCCACGGGGUUCAACAGGAAAUACAUCUCAUUCCCGAAAGAGGACCCCAGCGAGACCCGUAUGCUCGAGGGGUUCGAUUACGUGGACCCGAGCUGGCUGGAGUAAUGAGUAGCUGUGCCGUCGGCAAGAGUCAUCCCAUCCAAGUACCGUGCAACAUUCCACCAGAACACCACUAGCACCUCCACUGCUUCAUCCUGCAUAUCUGGUAAUGUAUGACAUUCUGAGAACAGCAAAGGUGAGCAAAUAAUGUUAAUUACCAUCUUACUGUCCUGCUCUACCUUACAAUUACAACACCAGAAAAGGUACUUCUCCCCAAAAUGCACCAUCUUGCAGGUUAGUAGCACUGUGACCAACAUCACCGCAGAAAGCGCUUACAGCUGCAUUUAAUAUCCCCAAGUGCUUUCUAUGCCUUUACCAACUUAUGCAGCUGUUUUUUUUUCAUGUUCACAGCUUUGCACUUUUUAAGUUAAAAGUUUAAAAAAACAAAACAAAAAAAACAAAAAAAAAAUCCCCCCACCUUUCCUAUGUUAUACUACCCCCAUCUUCCCAUGUUAACCCUUCCCUUAAGGUUUAAUAAAGCACAGGCUUUAUCAUUAUCUGUGAUGUCAUCAGAGGGGGGGAUAGGGGUGGGCAUAGCUAGUGGCCUGUCACAAGCCACCAGCGGUACCCCUCUAAUGACAUCACAGAAUACAUGCUCAACUAUCCUUUCAUUUCUAUCCCUUGCCAAGCACAGCCUGUUCCCCCCCAGGCCUUAUAGAGCACAGCCUGUUCCCCCCAGGCCUUAUAGAGCACAGCCUGUUCC